AUGCCCACCGCGGAAGAAGCCUCCGACCCGACUGCCCGACCCGCUCGGACCUCUUGGGCUCGGCGACUUUCCCACCCCACCUUACCUACUUUCCCUCAUAACAUACCCAACCUCCGUGCUGCUCUAUUGGGGUAUAUUAGUGAAGUUGAGGAUGCUAUUCGGGAACGACUGAGUUCUGUCUCUGCUCCCGACCAGCCGGUGGACUCUUCCGGUACUUCAAGUAAACUGCAGGUCAUCUCCGAUACUUCUUCCGACGAUGAAAACAUGGGAUCGUCCUCAAUAAGUGAUCAAACAUUCGUCACAUCGCCAAAUACAUCUCCUCGACGAAAUGCGAAUACUCCCCCGCCUGAAACUUUGGAACCGACCAAUGAUCUCACUCUACUUCGACAACUCAACACUUUAAGAGAAGAUGUACUGGCUUAUCUACCUAAUCGUCUACCCGCAUGGUCCUUGAACCAGGAUUGGCUCGCUUCUCUUCCUUCGCGAUUGAGAGUCGUUGAUGCUGUAGUAUCUGUACCUGGAGGUAAUACAGAAGGGGUGAAAGGAAAGAAUAAAGAAGAGGGAAACGAAGGAAAUGGAGCUCUUGAUGCCGCCCGAGGAAAAGUAUUGGAAUUAGUACAAUCUUUCCUUCCUGCAGAAGAUUGGGCGGGAUGGCAUCGACUCGGUUGGUCAGAAGGAGGUUAUCCACCUCCUUCCUCUCCAUUUCACGAUGAUGCAAUGGAGGAUGAGGAAGAUGAACCUGAAUAUCUAUUCCCAAAUAGGACGCCUGCCAGUGCUCAGGCUGUCGCCAGAAGACGAAUUGUAAGGUCAAAAUCAUUAGGAGCAUCAAGUGUGGGAUGGAGGAAUGAUUUACCCAUCUUGACGAGGUCGAAAACUACCCCAAACGUUCUUACAAAUGACAGUGAUGAGACCGAUCUCACUCUGAGUCCUGCGACGGAGGCUAUCGGGGUGGAACCGGAGGAUAUGAAGAGGAUUUCAGAUAUGGGAAUGGGACCUACGGUCGCGGAAGCUUUAGAGAAGGCGGAUGAUGGAAGACGAUUGAUAGGUUAUGAAGAUUUACCUUUCGUAUGGAGAAACAAUGAACAUAUCAUUACUGGCUAUCGAUUCAUUCCUAUGCACGCGAACACAGGUCCGAUACCACUCAUCAAAAGCGCUUUUGGGUGGCAUAACGAAACUGUCAACAUACAAUCUCACUUCGUACCAACCAUAAUACUUUUGCUACUGAUUCCCAUAAUGGUGAUUCACUCCCCUCUCCCAGAUGCUCAUUGGCUCGAUACGGCCAUUUUGGCUAUGUAUUUUCUGGCUGCCGUAGCUUGUUUGUCUUCAUCGGCUUCAUGGCAUGUACUCAGUGGGUCAGCUUCGAGAGGAUGGUUCGAAUGGGGUGCUUGUGUUGAUUAUAUUGGUAUCUCAUGGCUCAUAUCCGCCUCAUUCUUCACAGUGGUAUAUAAUGGAUUUUACUGUCAUCCCACGGCUGUCUUCACUUGGGGAUCUAUAAAUCUCUUCUGCGGGGCUUUAGGCUCGUAUUUACCUUUUCAGAAAUGGUUCAAUGAGCGGAAACACAAGGAUUGGAGAAUAUCAUUCUUCCUCUUUCUUUGCUUUGCAAUGUUCGCACCUAUGGUACAGAUGUUUUACCAACAUGGUUGGACCAGAGGACUCCAUUUUGUCUCUCCAUUUGGCCUUUCCGUGACUGCUUAUGUCGUCGGAUUGUUAUUCUACGGAUUUCAUUUUCCUGAAUGCAUCUUGCCUGGUAAGUUCGAUUACAUCGGAGCCAGUCAUCAAAUAUGGCAUUGUGCAAUCAUACUAGCUAUCUUGUUACACUACCGAGCAGUCUUGGUAGCUCAUUCAGUCCGAUACGCAUAUUCAUGUGCCUCACCAGCAGUAGGUCGAUCAGUUGGAGAAGUGGUGGAAAGGUGGUGUGGGAUUUUGAUGGAAUCUCUGAAAGGUUUGAUAUGGUAG